AGCCCCAACGGCUACUGUGGCAGUUCCAACCAAGCCAAUUGCGCCGGCACUGUCUUCGGAGACUGCUGCAGCAUCUACGGCUAUUGCGGUAAUGGCACAGAGUACUGUGCGCCCGACACCUGCCAGACGGGCUACGGUAACUGCGGAUCACCCUACGUGGACGCACCGAAUGUCGUAUACACGACCGCCGCGCCUGCCGCCACAACC